GAAAAAGUAGAGACUUGAAGAAAAGCACUCAAGUCUGAAGGUGACAAAACCCGGAAAUCAGAGAGAGGGAGAGAGGGAGAGAAUGGAGAGCAGAGAAGACCUGGAGUCCAUACUACCAUAUCUGCCGCUGUUAGUACGGUCGUCGAGUCUGUCAUGGCCGUCAGUGGCGGUGGAAGAGGCACUGAAAGCGAUGGCAGGAGGACCCGAUCACAGCAUGGUCGACACAGGGGAGGCACUAUUCAUCGCCAUUACCGCUCUCAGGAGGCUCUCUCCUUGCCUCUCCUCUCAGCCCUUGGCUUCUUCCGCGUCUCAUGGUUACGCUUUCUUCUUCGACGAGUUGAUGUCAGAGGCAGAAUCCGCAAAAUGGUUCGGAGAGGUAGUCCCGGCAUUGGCGAAUUUGCUCCUGCGCUUGCCCUCUUUGUUGGAAGCGCACUAUCAGCAUGCUGAUUAUGGCCUUUUCAAUGGAAAGCUCAAAACUGGGCUUCGUUUAUUGGGUUCCCAAGAGCCAGGAACGGUGGUUCUCUCCCAGGAAUUGAUUGGUGCUCUUCUUGGAUGCUCUUUAUUUUGUCUGUUCCCAGUCUCUAAUAGAGGUGUUAAACAUCUUCCAACAAUCAACUUUGAUCAUUUGUUUGCGAGUCUCUACGACAGUUACAACCCAAACCAGGAAAAUAAGAUAAGGUGCAUUGUACACUAUUUUGAAAGGAUAUGUUCAGAUAUGCCUGUGGGCAUUGUCUCAUUUGAGCGGAAAGUACUUCCUUUGGAAGGUCGUCCACUAUGCAUAUCAUAUCCCAAUUCUAAAUUUUGGAGCAAUUCUGUCAUUCCUCUAUGCCGUGUUGAGGUCCAAAAUUCAGGCUUGAUAGAAGAUCAAUCCAGUGAAGCUCUUGAAGUGGAUUUUGCAAACAAGUAUUUUGGAGGUGGUGCUCUACGUAGGGGCUGUGUACAGGAAGAGAUCCGUUUCAUGAUCAAUCCUGAAUUAAUUGCUGGCAUGCUUUUCUUGCCUUCCAUGGCAGAAAAUGAGGCUAUAGAAAUUAUUGGUGCUGAAAGAUUUUCAAGCUAUACUGGGUAUGCCUCUUCAUUCCGUUUUUCUGGUGACCAUGUGGAUAAAAGGGAUGUAGACUGUUUUGGAAGACGUAAAACCAGGAUCAUUGCAAUAGAUGCAUUAUGCAGCCCGGGGAUGAGACAGUAUAAACAAGAGUGCCUCCUCCGGGAGAUUAAUAAGGCAUUCUGUGGCUUCUUUGAUCAAUCUAAGUAUCAGCAGUACGAGAGACUGUUUCAAGAAAAUGUGUAUUGUGAAGCUCAGCUUGAUCAGAAGUUGCAUGAAACUGCCUCAACUUCUGGUGAAACAUAUGGAGGAAAAUCUGUAAAUCAAGUAAUCAGAAAUUAUGAGAAGAAUUGUCAGAAUAUGGGCCACGAACAUAAUAUUGGGAUUGUAACUGGGAAUUGGGGCUGUGGUGCUUUUGGAGGAGAUCCUGAACUUAAGACCAUGAUUCAGUGGCUUGCUGCUUCUCAGGCCUUAAGACCGUUCAUAUCAUACUACACAUUCAAUUUGGAGGCAUUGCAGAACCUAGAUCAGGUGACUCGGUGGAUCCUGUCGCAUGAAUGGACCGUUGGAGAUCUUUCGAACAUGUUGGACGAAUACUCGUGCCAGAAAUAUAAGGGACAAACUAAUGUUGGCUUCUUAACAUGGCUCCUUCCUUCUUUAUCCAGCCAUGAUGUCGAGAUGCCAGAUGCCGAGAUGCCAGACUUACCAAAUAUGCCUUAGCACUUUUUUUCUUUCUAAGCAAAUACGCCUUAGAGCUUGCUUGAUUAUUGAAUUGCCUAUGCAUCCUCCACUUUUCUAUGUAGCAUUUUCUGUGAACUAUUUCUGUCAGAAAUGAAGCCAAUUUUGUAGUU